UGAAAGCUGGUGGGAUGCGGAUUGUGCAGAAACAUCCACACAAUUCUGAUGCCAAAGAGGAAAAAGAUAAGGAUGACCAAGACUGGGAAACCAGCAGUCCACCUAAACCAACGGUGUUCAUCUCUGGUGUCAUUGCUAGGGGCGAUAAGGACUUCCCUCCAGCUGCGGCUCAGGUGGCUCAUCAGAAACCACAUCCUUCUGUGGAAAAGCUUCCUCACCCACAACAUGUCAAACAGCAGAUCCACCAGCCUCGCAAGUGA